AUGGAAGGGGGUUUCGAGACGGAGUACGAGCAAGAUCUACUCGCUGAAUACAAGGACCUCAUCGACCUUGACAUACAGACACUCAGGGGCAUUAAUGUAUACUUCCUGGAGGCGCGUCUGCUGGGACUCCGCUUAGUGUUUGCCUCCAAGGAAGACGAGGAGUCAGAGGAGGACAUGUGA